GACAGAUUCUUUGCACGCCUGAACAGCCAGUGUGCAGCUUUGGUUGGCAAUGGCGACGAAGCAGCCCUUGAAGACGACCUUCAACGUCGACCGUGUGAUACGACCGAUUUUCACCGGCGGCUCCGUGUCAAUCGACAAUGGCGCACAAAUUCUGGCCACGACCUUUGGCGAGGAUGCCAUCUUGACCAACCCCGCCAAUGGAAGACAUCUCGCCCAAAUUGAAGGCGAUGGAGAGCUUAUCUCAACUCUGACCCGUGGGUUACUUUACUAAGUGGCCGAAGUGGCGCACGCUGACCGUUUCUUAGUGACUCCAUCGGGCUCUCACCUGAUUAUGUGCUCUCGAUCCUUGUCCAUGAGGAUAUUCGCACUCAAGCGCUCGUCCGACGAAAGCUCUAUUGAAGCAUCGCUCAUCCGAACGUUAAAGCCCCAUUCGACUCCAGUUGUGGUGCUGGCUGUCGAUCGUACGAGCACCCUCCUCGCGACAGGAGGCACGGACGGCGCCAUCAAAGUGUGGGACAUCGCUGGCGGCUACGUCACUCACACAUUCCGUGGACCUUCCGUACUGGUAUCGGCACUACAUUUCUUUGAAGUUGCGUCGCGUGCCAACGACACUACAGUUUCUCGGAAAAGCAAAAAGGGCGGCCGGGCGCGCGAAGCUGACGACGAAACUGAGGCGGCUAGUACCACGCACUUCAGACUCGUUUCCGGCAGCCAGGAUGGCAAGGUCCGUGUCUGGGAUCUGAACAAGCGGGGCUGCAUCGCCAAUUUGGACUCGCACGUUUCGGACGUCCAGCGGCUCGACUAUUCGCCCGAGCAGGACGCGAUUGUCAGCGGGAGCAGGGAUAAGACCAUCAUCUGGUGGGAUGCCAAAUCUUGGAAGAUUCGAAAGGUCGUCCCUUGUUUGGAACUUGUCGAGACGGUUGGCUUCGUCGAUGAGGGUCGCCUGACUUUUUCUGCCGGCUCCAAUGGAUGCCUUCGAAUUUGGGACACGGACACCGGCGCCGAGCUCACACCGAAGCAGGCUGCCAAGAGUGAGGAAGAGGCUAUGGUCUCUGGGAUUUAUCGGCCGUCACUGCCAUUUAUCUUAUGCGUCCAGGUCGACCGCACUUUGGCUCUCUAUGAGUUGCCAACGAAAGCCAAAUCCGCGGACCUUUCUGGCCCUGAGCCGUUCCGCCGGAUAUCCGGAACCCAUGACGAGAUCAUCGAUUUGGGGUAUCUGCUUCCGGACAGGUCCAUGCUUGCGCUCGCCACGAACUCUGAGGACAUCCGCUUGAUAUCUGUCUCCGAUGCAGAGGAGGUUGAAAAGCAGGGAACUUGGGUCGAGAGCAAGACCCCGUAUUUUGGACAGGAUGUGGCUUUGCUUCGCGGCCAUGAAGACAUCAUCAUUUCGUUGGAUGUUGACUGGUCCGGCCACUGGAUCGCUACUGGUGCCAAAGAUAACACCGCACGCCUGUGGCGUGUCGACCCGGCCACCAACUCGUUCGUAUGCUGGGCCACGUUUUCCGGUCACGCCGAGUCACUUGGAGCGGUUGCCCUCUCACGUACAGUGCCUGCGGAAGGAUCCGCUGCUCGAACCGACCCCUUGAGUCACCCACCCCCUUUCCUCCUCACGGGCUCCCAGGAUCAGACCAUCAAGAAGUGGGAAAUCCCUCGAAAACAACAACAGCCGGGCCAGAAGGUGGGAUCGCGCGCAGCAUUCACGCGAAAGGCCCACGAGAAGGAUAUCAACGCCAUCAACGUACACCAUUCCGGCCAGCUCUUUGCGAGUGCGUCACAGGACAAGACGGUCAAGAUCUGGUCCGUGGCCGAGGGUGAGGUUCAAGGCAUCCUGCGGGGCCACAAGCGUGGUGUCUGGACCGUUCAGUUCUCCCCAGCGCAGCUGCCCCCGAUACAAGGCGAUGAUGGCCCGGUUACCGGUAAGGGGGUCAUGCUCACGGGCAGCGGCGAUAAGAGCAUUAAGCUGUGGAGUCUGGCCGAUUACACAUGCAUUCGUACUUAUGAGGGUCAUACGAACAGUGUUCUGAAGGUGGUUUGGCUGAAUACGCCGGCAUCGAAGGAGCAGUCCAAGAGGCCGGUUCUGUUUGCCAGCGCCGGCGGUGAUGGAUUAGUCAAAGUCUGGAACGCGAACACAGGAGAGGCAGAGUGCACGCUCGACAACCACGAAGAUCGAGUGUGGGCCCUGGCCGUCCAUCCUGACACCAAUGCCAUCGCUUCCGGCAGUGGCGACUCAACUGUGACCUUCUGGAAGGACACGACGGCCGAGACGCAAGCCGCUGCUUCACAAGCUACGCUGAAGAUGAUUGAGCAGGAGCAAGAACUGCAAAACCAUAUCUUUGCAGGCUCCUAUCGAGAGGCCAUCACUUUGGCACUUCAGCUCAACCAUCCCGGCCGCCUUCUCAGCCUGUUCACUUCGGUUGUUACGAGCAACUCGCCCGAGAAGGGCAGCCUGUGCGGACUCAGGGCCGUCGAUGACGUUCUCGGAAGCCUCUCUGACGAGCAGAUAUUUUUGUUGCUUUUGAGACUGCGGGACUGGAACACUAAUGCACGAACGGCGCCUAUUGCGCAAAGAAUCUUGUGGACUCUGGUCCAAAGCUACCCGGCGUCUAAAUUCUCCAACCUGUCUAUCAAGGGUGCGCGUGGGCAACAGAGCCUCAAGGAUGUUCUCCACGGCUUGAAAGUCUAUACGGAACGACAUUACAAGCGCAUGGAGGAGUUGGUUGACGAGAGCUAUUUGGUGGAAUAUACCCUACAGGAGAUGGACAGCUUUGCGCCGCUUGAGGCUGUUGAUGUCGCCAUGGAAGAGAUGGACGAUGCUGAUGAAGUUCUGGUCGCGUAAGCACGGGGGCACCGGGAUAUCAUGUAGGGCAUGGAGGUGCACAGAUGGCAGGAAGUCGUUUUUGGAUCCCACAUAGAGACACAUAGCAUGGUAAUUGGCGUUUGGUCGACAUCUUGACAGGGCCUGUUCACAUCGGCGGGUUUGCUGCCAGAUUCAGGGUAGGGCUUGAGCUGGCGCGGAACGCGAGGUCGACGCAGCGCUGGUUCAAUGAAGUAUGCAGCGCGCAAAAUCAAUCAUAUGAUGGAUGGGA